CGCUCCAGGAAAACGUUCAAGAUGGCCGACGCCAGGAUGUUUUCGAUGUUGUGAGUCCCGUUGCAGCGCUUUUCGUCGCAAUGAGUGAACCGAAGGAGAAACGGAGAAAAGAGGACACGAGACGCAAGAGAAGUUCUAGAUCUCCUAGCCCGGAGCACAGAUCAAAAUACACCAAGGUUGAGAAAACUAGCAGCGGCCACAGAGAGAACCCUGAAAAGCACCGAGACAGGCACGAACGGCGCCGGAGAAGCACAAGCAGGGAGGAUGACAACCAGCGGCAGAAACAUGACGACGAUGGCCGUCACAGGCCACCCCACUCCCGGGAUAACCGUCGAGAUCGGGACAGUCCACCACGCAGAGACAAGCGACGACAGCGGCGGCGCUCUGGUGAUGGGGAGAAGCAUCAAUGGGGCAAGAAGGAGCCCAAGGAGGAGCCAGAAGAGAAGGUGGCAGUGAAGCCUGACUUUGGCCUGUCUGGCAAGUUGGCCGAAGACACCAACAUCUACAACGGAGUGGUCAUCAAGUACAACGAACCACCUGAAGCUCGCAAACCGAAGCGCCGGUGGCGGCUUUACCCUUUCAAGGGCGACGUCGGCCUGCCCUUUAUUCCACUGCACCGGCAGAGUGCCUACCUGCUUGGCAGGUCGAGACUGAUUGCCGACAUCCCGAUCGACCACCCUUCCUGUUCCAAGCAGCAUGCAGUGCUGCAGUUUCGGCUAGUGCCGUACACGCGUGACGACGGCACAACGGGGCGUCGUGUGCGACCCUAUGUCAUUGAUCUCGAGUCGGCCAACGGCACCUUCGUCAACAACAAGCAAGUUGAGCCUCGCCGCUACGUCGAACUGCUCGAGCAGGACGUUCUCAAGUUUGGGUUCAGCACGCGCGAGUACGUCAUUCUCCACGAGGAGUCGCAAGGGGAGCACCUCGACGACGAUGUUGCAGGCACCGGUGAGGAGGAGGAGCCGCCGUCGAACACCAGUGCAGCGUAGAAUGACACCCGUGACGCGUUGCUGCUGCUGCAGGCUAAGUUGGAGGAGAUAGAUUGACCGAGGAAAGGAUGAAAAAUAAUAGGUUGAUUGCUGUCUUUCUGUGAUCAACUGAAUGCUUCUUCACCACUGUAAGAUGAGCCCCGGACACUGGUGUGUGCUCCACAAGUGAAGUUUGUGGCAUGUUGACAUUGCAGUGUCCAUGGAACUCUUGCAGGGUUUUGCAGUCGAACUGUAUUGCAGUCUCUGCAGAAUUCUUGCCGUGUCUGUUGAAAGAGGAGCUGCAGAAAGCACCAGUGCAGCAUAGGGCACGUUAGUUCCUUGGUGGCGCAGAUGGAGGCUUGUGUUUGAUUACGGUAAAUUGAUUUGUUAAGAGUGAUACAUUAGGCAGAGGUGGGUUGCUGUUUGUUUUGUUUUAGCCUAUUUUUUCUUCUUUAUCGUCACCUCGAUCGACCGGACAUUGCCAUGCAGCCGUAAACGGAAUGCAGAAUGUUGGUGUUUUCUCAGCACAUGAAUAACUCAUGAGAAGCUGCCCUUUGGCAGUGCAAGACAUGUGUCACUACGAUGUGGCUGAAGGUUAGACUUAGUGUGAAGUGGAUUGGCUGGUUAAGAAUGCAGAGGCAAACAUUAUUGCUUUUUUUUUUUUUUUUACUGACAGGACGCUGCUGUGUUGCUAAAAAGCAGGUGAAGAACAUCACUGUUUGCACUGCAUAUUAAUCUCCUGUGUGCAUAUGUACUUUGGCAUUCUGUAAUUAUUCAGCAGCCACUGUGCAGUGGUUAGGCUGUUGAAUUUAGGUUUUGAUAGAUACAGGUCAACCAGGGAAAAAAAGGUGCUGAAACUGGGGUAAUUGUUCUUUGUUGGCCAAGUGGAUGCUUUUCUUCUGUAAUAAUGGGUACAAGAAAUUGGUGCAUGUACUGCAUUUGAAUGUUGUGGUAUGUUGUCUGGCAUUGGCAGUGUUGUAUAAUCACAUGGUUAGGUGCUCAAUUCUAGUGUAUGCUGAUGUGAUGAUCAUGAAGACAAAGCUUUGGCUGAGGUGGACUGACUGGAAAAAUCAAGCACUUGAGGGAAGGGUCAUUAUUUUUGUUAUUAAUAGUAUUUAUUUGUGACCAGCUAGAUGUUCACCUGAAAGACAGGUUCUACAAAUGUUAAUGUGCGCAUACACUGUAUACCAAUUAUUUGGCUGGUUGGCAUUUAAUUUUCAGUCAUUUACACUAUCUCCAACAGAUCGUUUCAUAGAUCUCUGGCAACACUACAAAGGUCGUAUAAGACGGCACCUACGCUGUUUUUUGAGCACAAGAGGGGUCUAAUAAUGAUAAUCAGGCGUCAUCAUUGCCAUUCUAGCAUGCUUAUGCUCACAAUAAAGGUCAAGAGCUGAGUUAGCAGUCAUUGUAUUACUGUGGCAGUGCUUUGAAAUGACGACUCAAAGGUAUCAUUAGUAAGCAUUCUGUCCCAGGGUAUUCUGUGUGCACAUUUUUUAUAAGAGAAGAUUGGCUAUCUGCAAAUGUCCUCUUGGCAUUCUCCUGCAGGAAAGCGUCCGUGCAACUGAUCCCUGAUCGUGGUCAUGUCUGGCUUUCUCCCAGGGGUUUCCCUGUUUCUUGAAAUAUGUCUUGUGGGAGGCAAGAACCUGAGCUCACAGGCAAUCAUUGUGCUGGAAGCAUGCAGCUGCAACCUCGUGUCGUGAAGGAGGAACAGCAUCAAGCUCUACUUCUUUAAGUUCAGCAGCCCUGUGAAAAGUGUGUUGUCCCGGAUGCGAGGAAAUAAUGACAGUCAAAGCACCGUAGGCUCGAAGAUUUGGGCGACAUGUUUUGCUACUAUAAUAUGCGGAGUUUCGGCCUGCAUUAUUACAGCUGCCUGCUACAUCAUGCCACAGCGAGGUGGUUUCAUAUGGCAGGAGGAGUAGCACCUUUCUGUCACUGUGCACAGCUUUGUGUAGGCGGUGUGGAAGGACAGUACUUCUGUGUGCCCAUUCUUACCGAGAAAUGAGUAUGAAGUUUAUAUUUAAUGCAUCGGGACUUUGUUGACACAGCUGGGUGUUAUAGGGAGUCUGCCUAGUGUAGCAAGUGUCUACCAUGAGUGGUGGUGGUGUGCUCAUUGUCAAACUAGAGUGGUCGGCCUUGUACUGUCUCAUACUGUGGGACUAUACAAUUGGAUGGUACUUGGACUUGGUAAGGGCGCAAGUAUUUACGAAAACUCUUGCCGUGUCGCGUUGUGUGCUCCUUCUGCCAGCUUUCGGAGAAGUGUUCAUCAUUUGGUCAGUGUUUUGUAGUGCCCAACCAGUUGCUAGGCAUUUCAUGGUUUAUUUAGCAGCGUCUCUGUAUGACAGUUACAGCCACCUUUAUCUGAAACAGCCCUGUAAUGGUAUGAAAGCGUAGCGUGUGCCUGGCCACCAUUGAAAAUCUCAGAAUGGUACUGCUAUGGGUGCGAUUAUCAUCAAUCAUCACCAUGCCAUGGUUACGUUUGCCAUAAAGAUUUAUAUAGCUGUUACUAGAGGGCGGCCUGGCACUACAGAUGUUGUUAGCCACCAUGGGAAUGAUUGUACAGUUGAACCUGCUUUUAAUGAACCUCCAUAUAACGAAUUCCUGGAUAUAACAAAGUUUUUCUAUUCCCCGCCGUUACUCAAUAGAAGCACAUGGAUCUGAGACCUCUAUGUAACGAAGUGGCAGUGGGAGACCCCCUUGAAAUAACGAAUUUUCCCCGCCGACAACCUAGAGAUUUCGCCCCAAAGUUUGUCAUUUUUGCGCGAGCAGCAACCGGAAGCACCUUCUACGCUGCGACAGAAUGCAAAGCGGUGGCAUCGCGCUUGGCGCGCUCGAAUUCACGGCGACUGCGAGGCGAGAGCGAGCGCACGUGUGCGUGCGUGUAAGUGUGCACGAGGUGGGCCUGCAUCCCUCGACCCGGCGGUCUUGCCGCCACGGGCGUGACCUUUCCCCCUCCCUUCAUUUAGGGUCGUACACCUGAUCCAGCCGCUCAGGAGUACGACCCUAAAUUUGCGCUACCAUAUUGCCAUCGGCAUCUCAAUAUGGCCGCCUCCUACGCACUUCAAGCCUAGCUCCCAUAGCUCCGACCAUGUGCUGUAGUACGUGUGCUUGGGCAUUAGUCUACCAAUUUAGUUAAACAGCGAAUGUUUACAAGUUUAUACGGCCGAUAAAACUACUAUCCUUACUUCGUAUAGCUGUCUGCUAAUUUGCUGUCGCAGUCGAUGCUUCGCCUUUCGGGCGAAGCUGGGACUUCUUUGUUCAUCGCAACUUUAGUGUAUUGGGAGUAAAUAUGGAGUGAUAGUUGUAUUUCUGUAUGAAAGCAUGAGGUGCGCGGUACUGUAAAGGAUUUUUUCUUCUCUCUUUUGGUCACGGAAAACGAGUGCGCGUUACAAUUGAGGGCACGUUAGAAUCGAGUAAAUACGGUAAGCGUUUCUUUUUCAAAUUUUCGUGCCGAACCUGCAUAUAACGAAAUCCUCUUUAACGAAGAUUUUCAGGAACUUGUCAAUUUCGUUAUAUCCAGGUUUAACUGUAUAUGAAAGGGCACGUUCUGGGACAUGAGCUGUUUGUGAGUCAGAAGCACGUCUUAUCAUACAGCAAUGCUGUGGUGUUGCAGCUUGUGCAAAGUUUGGUGCAUAGACAGUGGCAUGACUCACUGUAGCGUUCUACGUAACGAACAAACUUUCGUGUCUUCGAAGGAGUAGUACUUUGAAGGCAUACUUAGAAGGUGCAGUCUGCAAAACUGCCGUGUCACAAGAAAAUGGCUCUUGUGAACACCCACUUGUCCGCAGCUCAUGCUUCAGCACGUGCUCAUGUGUUUCAUAUUUCUGGUCACUUUAGAUCAGUUUUACUUAAAGUGACUGAGGAUGUACCCAUGACUUGUCAGGUUGCUUUUAGGCCUGGCCUUGUUGCUGCUUUGCAUCACUGCAAUCUUUCACAACUUAACUUUGGGAACUGGCUCAGUAUAUCAAAGAAUUUCCAAUGCACAAAAUAAAGGGUGUGUAGCGUACACAUACCACUAAGUCCAAGUUAAUACCUUUGGCAGUGACAGUCACUGUGAAUAGUUUGUUUCUCAAGCAUCAAGUGGUUGUCUCUGAUUGCAGGCCUGCAGAAGAUUACAUUUCAGAGAGUUAAUAUAUACAAGUGACAAGAAUGUUUUAAGCAAAUGCCAUUAUGAAACAUUUAUACCCACGAUACGGGCAAUGACGAAGUAUUGUGAAGCAUGGGAGCGCGUGACAAAGUGCCAGUCAGCGACAUCUAAUGGCAGGCAUCUGGCGGUGAGACUGAUGUUUGUGUCCUGUCUAACUCGCAAGGAUAGCAAUUAUACAACUUUCGGCAGCCACCAUUCAAGCCUUGGAAAUUGCCGCAAGACGUACUGCUGCUGCACCAGUGGUGGCAGCAGGGUGCAAACGCCAGUCUUGAUAUGAACGAGAGUCUCGAAUUCCAGUCUCAACACCAGAUGUCAGAUGUUGCUGGCUGACAUUUUGCCACAUGCUCCGUUGUUCCACUAUAUUUUGUCCUCGCCUGUACAUAGUCCAAGGCAACGUUGGGUUCAGACAAUCAUUCCCAUGGUAGUUGAACCAACAUUGUAAUGGCUCCCACCGACACUUGUGCCAGGUCAUUUUCCUCAACAAGUUCGUGUAUAAAAAAAAAUAACGCUCCAAGCAUCAGCCAUCAUUGUUGAAAACGUUCUGCCGAACCGCACAACUUGUGGUACUUGUUACAUGUCCUUUACAUCUGAAAGGGCAGUUGUUUGACUCCGACCUUGGCGCACAGGUUUCUUUUUUGGCGACGCAGUCAUUUAAAUGAAACUGCUUUAAUGCUCUCUACAGGCCACUGAAACUUUCAAGUCAUCCCCUGUGUACAGUACUUAAAUAUUGUCUGUCAUGACUGUAUAAAGCAAAUGUAUGUUUUGUAAGCUUUGAAUUGUCCAUAAAGCAAUGCCCUACCUAC